UAUUUAGUGGUUCCCAAACAGUGCUGCCGUUUCUACAACGUCCAUACGACCGCCAGUGCUAAGACGAUUUUAUACAAAAAUAAAUUUAAUUUUCAUGCUAUUGCUAUGUAACAAUUUCAGGAUACUCUAUUGGAGUAGUGCUAGUGAUGUUUUACAUGUGGUAGUCAAAUAACGUCUACUCCUACAGAGUAACUUUAGCGUCCACGCUCUUUUUAAGCAUGCUUGUAUUUAUGUUCGCAAGUGUACAAGACACAAAGGUUAGGCCUAUAUGUAAUGGCGCCCCAAGGCAAAGGGUGCAUUGAGCUCGGUCAUGUUUCCAGUACAAGUUGGACCAGCCAUGUGUGGCCUCCCUCAGGGAGAAGUUGUGCAUACUUUUAGAUUCAUUGCCAAGGCAGAUAUGACACAUAUUUGUUUCACGUCUGUUUUAAAAGCUGUUGAAAAUCUUAUCAGAAAUUCUAAAGAUUCAAAGCAAGACGUACUCUGGAAACAGCUAUUUGAAUUUUAUAAACUCGGCAUUUUCAAUUUAUUUUGAGUAAUCAGAAGUAGUAAUUUUGGCGUAUUGAUUUUCUUGAUUUGUUGAUUUUACAGAAUCUUCACAAAGUCCAUGGCUACUGCUAGAAAUGCAAACAAAUUGCGACUACUCUGUUACAAUCUUGAUGGUCUGGAUGACGAAGACAUAGUUCCUAGAACUGAGGGAGCUUGCAGAGUGCUGUUACACGAAAAUCCAGAAGUAAUUCUCCUGCAAGAAGUGGUCACUGAGAGCCUGCCCAUCCUAAGAGCUCGCUGUAUGCCAGACUAUGACAUUCAUUUAGGUUUGGAAGGGAAGAGGCGUGGACCAACUUCUUACUUCACUGCCAUCUUGGUGAGAAAAGAUUGCUCCAGUGUUGAGCGUGCUACCAUCAUUCCAUUUCCAACCACUCGGCAGUCUCGCACCCUCUUGGAAGUUGAGUGUCAGAUCAAAUCCGUCCCAGUGACAUUACUAACCAGCCAUCUGGAGAGCCUCAGAGAAUGUUCCAGUGAACGAAAGAAUCAACUUAGCCAAGCAUUUUCAAGGAUGAAGUCUGCAGACAUAAAGAGAGUUGUCUUGUUUGGUGGGGAUUUAAAUUUAAGAGAUUAUGAGGUAAUGGUCAAUCUGAGUGACAUUGCGGCUAUACCGGAAGAUGUUGUGGACAUAUGGGAGUAUACAGGUAAAGAUCCACGCACUGAAUUUACCUGGGAUCUGAGAAUUAAUGAUAACAAACAAAUUGAUACCCGAUAUCAGCCUCGAUGUCGUUUCGACCGCAUCUACAUGAGGAACAGUGACCCUCCGCUCUUGAGUCCAGUGAAAUUUGAAUUGACAGGGAACUGGAGACUAAGGACCUGUGGAAGAUUUCCUAGUGACCACUGGGGCAUCCUUUGCCAUUUCGAUAUUCUUAACAAGGAACCCGAAAAUAGUAAAGAAUGAAAUAGAUUUGAGAAAGAUUGUAUGUAUCACAUAUAGAGACCGCUUUACAAACAUGGAAGUUUGAAACAAGAUCAAAAUGGCGAUUAAACUUCAAGAUAACAUUCUGACCAAUGCAAAAAAAAGCAAGUUAAGAAUUUAUGAUAUCCUCAAUGCUUACAAAUACUUUUCUUUUUCUUGAAUAAGUGCUCCACCAACUAUUGGAGUAGCGUUCUGAGCGAGUCAACAAAUGGAGUUCAUGACCUCUUCUCGACAACAGAGAAACAAUCCUAGAACCAAGCCACUAUGAACUUUAUUUGUUUAUAUAGAUUCUGAUUCUAAUUUGAAAGAAAGAUCAACCAUUAAGUGAUUUCUGGUGGAGUUUGUCUGAAGAGUAAUACAACAUUUCAAUAUAUAAAAUGAAGUCCUCCUUUCUGAAGCUGCUCUCGGUCUCUAAUGUUUCAUUCUAUUUAGGUCUUGUCAUGCUUUAGUAUGGCCUAUUUUCCUGGACAUUCAAGUUCUUGUAUGAACAGUCCAGCUAAUGAGCGUUUAUUUAAUUGUUCUUUCAACUGUUUAUUAAAUACAAUGCUGUAAAUAAAACACGUGAUCAAAGUUGAGCGCCAAAGUUUCUCGUAGCAGACGUCUUACAUUCCCUGGAUCUCUUCAGGCGGAUUUUUUCUUACACUCACAUAUUUCUAAUUGCUUGGAUCUUGUGCCUGAUCUCGACUAGUCUGCUUCCUGUCUCUGUUCCAGUUCCUGUACUUACUAUUACUGGGAGAGCUCCUGUUCCAGAUUUCUGAAUAUCUGUUAGUCCACCAAACUCUUGGAAUGACAGCUAAACUCGCGACUAUAUUCCUCUAGAUCAAGGAUAAGCCGUGGCUGGAGGAAAGAACCAUCUACGCCGUUGAAUACUAGCGACCACUGAGUACCCAGUUCUAUACCUGGAGUUGAUAUUCACCAUCCGCAGCCUGGCUCUUCAUUGUUGAUUUUACUCCCCCCCCCCCCGCAUUCCUUACACAUCAAGGACGCUCAACAACGACCGGGCUGCCUUAAUCUCCAGUGGAAUUUUCAGCUGGACCUGGCACCUCGCAACUCUGAAACUCACGCCAACGGACAUGAACAGUCUACAGCACCAAGGCAGAGGUAUAAGAAGAUAACUACUAAACACAGGAACAUUGGAACUAAGUCUUACAAACAAUAGGGCAUACCUAUCUAUCGAGCAGUUCAAGGAUGAGCUGAUGCUUUCACAAAUCAUAACAGAUUACUUUUAGGUUUUAUCAUUCUCUCACCAUUGUUAACCCUUCCUUUUUAAAAUGUCGCAUUAAAUAUUUUAUCAUUUUCGCUAAAAAGUAAUCCAUUUGUUAUAAUUGUACGCUACUUGUGUUUCCCAACCUGUAAUUCUAGCUGGUCUCGUUAGAAACCCAUACACUUAAAGAUAUCGAAACAAAUUACUUUAAAAGUUAUUUGAUUUUAAUUAAAUCGUCCCAGCGGCACACGACACAUGCCUUGUCAGUAGUCUUGUCAUCCUGUAAUAGAGCCGAAAAUUUCACGAGGAGUCCUUUUUCUUCCCAUAGGAGAAUCCUUCGGACUAAACCAAUAUUAACAUUAGUUUUUUUUUUAAGGUUCAGUGGGGUCGCCUCAGAGUCGUUUUUGCUAAGGAAGGAGAUUAGAGGCGUGGAGUUUUCAUCUUAUGUUGAAUACUUGCGUCUUACACAGUUUCUAAAUGCUCUGUUGUCCAAUCCCUAGGAGGCAGAUAUAACCGCAGGGUGCAAGACUUGGGUUGUAGGCAGUUCAAUGUUAUUGAAAGUUUUCUUGGUAGCUUGUCAAUACCAAGCAGGUCAGCGUCACUCCAUUUUAUGUUGUUAUCCUUUGUAUCUAUAACAAAAAAAUAAACUUUAUAGAAUCCUCAAUGCUGCUGGCAAAAUCAUUGGCAAAAAACAAACCCCAUUUGGGCAGUUGUUUGAGACAAACAUCUCUAAAAAAGCUAACAAGAUCCUCGAAAUAAAGAAUCACCCUUUGUGUCAGGAUUUUGUGAUUUUACCAUCACAAAAGAGAUACAAGACACCGAUAGCAAAGACAAACAGACACAAACACUUAGUUGUUCCCCUGGCAAUCAAAUCAUUAAAUAAGAACAAUCUGGUAUAAACUUUGUCACAUGUAAAUUAUGAGUGCGUCUGGUGUGAAUGUACACUUUGGUUUCUUAUAGUUAUAAUGUUUUUUGUUUGGUGUAAUGCACAAAUUGUAAGAUAAAUUUCCUUACGGAUAAUAAAGAUUAUUAUUGUUAUUAUUAUUAUUAUUCGACUAUCAAGUUCCAGAUUAUCUAUUGUUGGUAGGAAGCGUUUUUUUAAUAUUUCUUUAGUGCCACUGAUAAGUGUCUUGUUACAAUAAUGUGUAAUCAUUGACUCUAUUUACAUUGUACAUUAUAUUAAUCACUUCAGAAAUAUAUUUACAAUAAGAUCUA